AUGUCACAAUAUGCAACUGAUGAGUAUUUGUUAAGCAUUCUUGAGAGAAGGAUAAAAGCAGAUCAAAAAGGAUCAAAGAUAAGGAAAAAGAUUGCAGUUGGAAUUAAACAAAUAAAAGGCAUCUUUGGUGAACUGAUCAAAUUAAAAUUCGAUAGUAAAGGCUUGGUCCAUCACUGCAGCAAGACUGGUGUGACACUCAUUAUUCCAGAGGGAGCAGUUCAACAACCUGCUACUGCAUGGUUUGGAGUGUGUCCAUUUAGCACUAAGUUCAAGUUUGGUGACUAUAUACCCAUCACUCCUAUUGUAUGGGUCUACAUUGAUCAAAAACUAACAAAACCAGCAGAGCUUUACCUUCCCCACAACAUCAAUAUUGGGACUACCACAAAAAACCUCUUUGUUCACUUGACAGCCAGUGAUCAGAACUUCUUGGAAAAAGGGAAGUUCCUUUUUACUUGUAGCAACGUCAAAAUGGAAGUUGAUUCUGAAAUGUUUAAGACGUACUGUGACCACUUUUGUUCACACUGUGUUGCUAUGGAGAAGAAUGCAUAUCAAGGUACACAGAAGCAUUAUAUGAUAGCAAUGGCUGAGAAACAACAAGAUGAAACAACUUUUGUUGACUUUUGCUGCUUUCCUUGUCAGAUAGGAUGCAAGCAGCUUGUAAUGAAGCAGUAUAAGGAUGAAGACUUUGCAAUUAGUAACUUGAAGAGUAUCAUGUUUGAUGAUGAAGGCAGCUUAUCUGUAGCAUUUGAUCCAGACAGUGUACCAGGAUGGGAAAGAGAUCACAAUGGGUUUUGUACAGGAGAGAUAUUUGAGUCAGAGGUUGAUUAUUUUAAAGUGAUGGGUUGUGAACCUGGUAAUGUGAACAAAGAGAAUAUUGAGAUGCUUCAAAUGAUGGAAGAGGUUCUUUCUUAUCCUCCUCGUUUCAGAUACACCUUCUCAUGCUUGAAUAGCUUUGUUGCCUUAGAUACUACAAAAGUGAAAGCUAUCUUCAGUGGAACGAGCAAACCACUUCAAAUCAAUUAUCACUUGUUUGGGAUCACUGUUGGUCUAAAUGAAGGCUACCUGAGAGGACUAGACAAAGACUAUCCAACAUGCCAAGAAAGGUUCAAUCAAGUGUUUUAUAAAUGGAGUCAAUCUCAUCCCAACACAUUCAAAUGGAAGACCGUCAUUGAGGUAUUACGAUCUGAUACCAUCAAAGCUACUUCUGUAGCUGAACUUGUUAUUGAACAUUUGAGUAGCAAUGAAUAA